AAGGAGGGGGAAGGUCUUGAUGCGAGUGUCUCUGUGUGUGUGCAUGUGUGUGUGUGGAUGUGUGGAAGGAAAGGAGGAGGAGAAGGCGGCGAAGGAGAAGGGGGCGCCCGUCCGCUGCCCCAGCGAGCAAGGGGGUUGAAAAAAAAAACGCAAAGAGAAAGAAGCUCGAGCUAUCAUGAGCCAGCCAAGCAAGCGCUAAGCAGGGUCCGCGGCCGGAGGAUCGGAAGCACUUUUAUCUUCCAAGCGCGGAUGGAACGUUGAAGAGGCCACAUCAAAAGCUCCUGGCGGGGGGCAAAACACCCGAUCGAACGUUGGGACAAACAUUCGAUCGAACGUCGGCGCGGCCGAACUCGCAGCCCGAGGGGCGCAGGCAGACUGAACCUUCAGGGGGGGAGCGCCUUUCCCCGUCCUCUCUAAUUUAUUUUCCCACUCUCGCUUUUUUUUUUCCUUCUCCUUUCUUUUUCUUUUUCCUUUCUUUUUUCCUUCCUUCCUUUCUUUUUUUAAAAAGAAGCCUCCCUCCCUAGUUUUUACUACACUGUAGCCAUUUCCGUUUGCUUGGACAUUGUUAAAGCUGCCUCCACCGUCUCCGUCGCCGCCGGGAGAACAAUAGGAAGGCAGGAGGGGCGACCGGGGCGCCCACCCCGGCUGCGCCCCGGGAAUCUUCAGCCAUACUUGUGGAUGUAACCCUCCCCCACCACAAAGCCGAGCAGACAGACACCAUUUCAAUCGGUGGGAAUAUGAACCAGCAACAAAGAAUGGCUGCAGCAGGGACCGACAAGGAAUUAAGCGAUCUCCUAGAUUUCAGUAUGAUGUUUCCCUUGCCAGUGACUAAUGGAAAAAACAGACCCACGACUCUUGGUAGCACGCAGUUUGGUGGAUCAGGUUUGGAUGAGCGACCGACUUCAGGUUCUUGGGCAACAGGAGAUCAGAACAACUCCACGUUUGACCAAGUCAGGCAGGGUUAUGGCGAAGGUUCACACUACAGUGAACACAGGGACCUGCCAUCCCAUAACAGCAUAUCUUCGUCAUCAUUCCUGGGGUCUGGAAUAGUAGGAAAAGGUACAGAAAGAAGCAACUACCCAUUUGGAAGAGAUGCAGGCAUGCCAGCUAUCAAUCAGCCUGGCUUCCUGCCGAGUGAAAUAGGGAUUUCAAGUCCCAGCACGCUCUCCCCAACGGGGGUGAAGGGAAGCUCGCAGUACUACCCAUACGCCAACAACCCUCGCAGGAGAGUCGCAGACAGCAACAUAGAUGGACAACCGAAAAAAGUCCGAAAGGUGCCUCCAGGACUCCCGUCUUCAGUGUAUCCACCCAACUCAGGUGAUGAAUACAGCAGGGACUCAGCCAACUACGCACCUUCCAAGCCUCCCAGCACCGUCUACCCUGGAGCCUUCUACAUGCCAGAUGGGCUUCACAAUUCGGCAGAUCUGUGGAGUUCUUCCAGCAGCAUGAGCCAGUCAAAUUAUGGGGCCAUCUUGGGCGCUUCUUCCUCCCCGCUUCCCCAGUCUAGCAACUUCAGCAACCUUCACCAGCAUGAACGCAUGAAUUAUCAGAUGCAUUCGGGCGAAGUCAACGGUGGGCUCCCAUCCGUCCCUGGAUUUUCUUCAGCCUCCACUCAGUAUGGAGUGUCCAGCCACACUCCCCCGAUUGGUGGGACAGAAAAUGUCAUGGGUAAUCGAGGAACCACCGCUGGCAGUUCAGGUGAUGCACUUGGAAAAGCAUUAGCUUCAAUCUACUCUCCAGAUCAUUCUAGCAAUAACUUCUCUUCGAACCCAUCCACUCCGGUGGGCUCCCCUCAGGGAAUAACAGGUUCUUCGCAGUGGCCCCGAACAAGUGGACAGGGUGCCUUAUCUCCAAGCUACGAAGGCACCCUCCAUACUUUGCAAAACAAAAUGGAAGACCACUUGGACGAAGCCAUCCAUGUGCUGCGGAGCCAUGCAGUGGGCCAGACCAACCACAGGGAGAUUCACGACUUGUUGGCAUCGGCUUCUGCGCACGGCACUUCUGUGGGCAGCCUUAGCCAGUCUUUCUCCCCGGCUUCUGUCUUGCCAAUCGCUAGUCGGCAUACGAACUUGGUGGGGGGAGGUCACCCUGAAGACGGCCUCUCCAACAAUCCUGGUCUUCUCCACAACCAUGUUGCUCUCCCUGCCCAGACCAGCUCGCUUCCUGACCUCAGCAGAGGACAGUCUUCAGAUGCCUUUAGCGGCUUGACUGGGGGCCUGGGAAGGGCCAGCGUCUCAUCUGGCACCAGUGAGAUCAAGCGGGAGGACAAGGAGGAUGACGAAAACACAUCAGUGGCUGACAAUUCAGAAGAGGAGAAAAAGGAACUGAAGCCAUCUCGAACCAGAACAAGUCAAGAUGAGGAUGAGGAGGACGACCUUCUUCCCCCAGAGCAAAAAGCCGAGCGAGAGAAAGAGAGGCGGGUGGCCAAUAACGCUCGGGAGCGCCUGAGGGUCCGCGACAUCAACGAGGCCUUUAAAGAGCUUGGGCGCAUGUGCCAGCUACACCUUAACAGCGAAAAACCACAGACCAAACUGCUAAUCCUACAUCAGGCUGUGUCGGUUAUUCUGAAUCUGGAACAACAAGUUAGAGAACGCAAUCUGAACCCUAAAGCAGCUUGCUUGAAACGUCGUGAAGAGGAGAAAGUGUCUGGCGUGGUGGGUGAUCCCCAGAUGGCACUUUCGGCAUCUCAUGCAGGAUUAGGAGAUGGGCACAACCCCGUGGGACAUAUGUAAAGGUGAUUUUUUUCCCCCCUUGACCUGGAAGCAGAUGUCUGUAGGAAGAAGUGAGGACUGGAUCAUUUUCACACCCCUGCUGGGUGUCCACGCCAGAAACUGCAGUCUUGUUGAAAUACUGACAUGGCAAUGGAAAUUCAGUGUGCUCGAAGGAACUUUUAUUUCCCUCCACCAGAAAGGAAAAAGCAACAACUUUAUACAAAACACAAAAACCCAACAGCAAAGAUUGCCUUAACUGUAUAUUCUGGAACUCUUAAUGCAUAUCCUUCAGUGGGAGGUGGGGGGAGACUAUAAGUGGCUUGUGUUCACAAAAGGCCAGCAGAAGAAAUUGUGCCUAUGCGUUUGUUUCUUUUUUUUUCUUUUUUUUUAAAAAGAACAUUAGUUACAAUAAUUUUUUAAAUGUAGAACAAACAUAGUAAUGCCUUUUUUUUUGUUUUUUAAAGCUUCUUUUGCAUCUCUGUUUUGUAAGCAACAACAAAAAAAAAUGUAAAAAGAGAGAGAGAGAGAGAGAAAGAGAGAAAAAGACUUGAUGAUUCCCCAUGCCUUUUUCUGCUGCUGUUUCUAUAGUUAAUGUUGCAUAUUAUUUUUUAAAUAAGAUCAACCAGAAAUAUUAAAAGUUUGUAUUAAGA